AUGAGUGUGACAUCAUGGUUCCUGGUGAGCAGCUCGGGCACUCGACACCGCCUCCCCAAGGAGAUGAUCUUUGUGGGACGAGAGGACUGUGAGCUUAUGCUGCAGUCCCGCAGUGUGGACAAACAACACGCUGUAAUCAACUACAACCCAGCGACUGAUGAACACCUGGUCAAAGAUCUGGGCAGCCUGAACGGGACGUUUGUGAAUGACCUGAGGAUUCCUGAUCAGACAUACAUCACCCUCAAACUGUCCGACAUCAUCCGCUUCGGAUACGAUUCUCAUGUUUACGUCCUCGAGAAAAGUCAACACAAAGUCCCAGAGGAGGCUCUGAAGCAUGAGAAGUACAGCAGUCAGCUGCAGAUGAGUCUGAGAGCGUCGGAGGGGAAGAAGACGGAGCCGGAGGAUCGAACGAGAGCCGAGAAAACUCCGAGCACCAAGAGUCUGACGCAGGAGGCUCCGGUGUCUCGGCCCACUCCUCUGUACGGCCAGCCGUCCUGGUGGGGAGAGGAGGAUUAUGGGAGUAAAGUUCAGACCAGUGAUGAGCCGCAUCCAGAAGCACAGAAGGACCCUUCGUCUGUGGAUCCAGAUUUUUCCGGAUCUCUGUCAGACUCUCAGUCGAAGACUGUCUUCCCUUCAUACCACCGUGAACCCAGCUACUUCGAGAUCCCCACCAAGGACUUCCAGCACACCAAGACCUCGGGGGCAGAGCUUCACGAGAUCCCCACCAAGGACACGGACACAUCCGCAGCACCGCCCUCCCCACCCACCCUGACCCCACCCACCCUGACCCCACCUGUGGUUCAGAGCCACGCCUCCUUCACCAUCGAGUUUGACGACUGCAUGCCUGGAAAGAUCAAGAUCAAAGACCACGUCACCAAGUUCUCCACUCGCCAGAGGAAACAGCAGGCUCCUCCCUCGAAGAUGACCAUCACGGCUGCACCUGCCGAGGUGAUGUCAGCAGAGAGCAAGGUGGCUGAUUGGUUGGUCCACAGUGAUGUCAGCAUGAUGAGGAGACGUCCAACUUGUGAAGAUGUUUAUAGCACCAAGAGUGACCUCGCCAUGAACAUCAAGACCCUCAAAGGUCACCACCAUGAGGAUGGAACCCAGAGCGACUCAGAAGACCCGGUUCUCAAAGGAAGGAGUAAAUCCCACCACUCCAUCCAAUCAGAGCAGUCCGAGGCGUCACUGCAGACCAUCCAGUCGGGUCAGUCUGUCCAUGCUCAGCCACCUGUUCCAACACAGAAGCUCCACCAGCCACUGCAGUACUCUCUGCCCAGGCCGGCUCCAGCUUCACCUGUGGCCCCUGAACGGCCUCUGUCCCAGAGCCCUCCUCAGGCUCCGUCCCCGACUACAGAAACACCCAAGCAAGGGCCCCCUGAGCAUCUCACCCAGCAGGCCUUCAUCAUCGAGUUCUUCGAUGAUAACCCGCGUAAAAAACGCUCACAGUCCUUCACACACAACCCUGCUCACGCUGACUCGUACUCCGCCCUGAAGGCCAAGCUGGAGCGGCGGAAAGGCGGCGAAAGGCCGGCAUCCGUCCAUGGCCACAUCCCUCCCACCCAGCAGGUGACGGUUCCUUUGAAGGGUCAGGGCAACACCGGACCCCAGAGAUCAAGCUCUCUGAAGAGAGAGAAGACAGAGGGGGAAGCAGCCUCGUCAAGUUCCUCCUCUCGCUCUUCCUCAGGCAUCAUCAUCAGACCCUUUGGCAGCGUUGGGAAGAAGUCUAAGCUCGCUCAGGAGUUCGCUGCUGAAUUUCUUAAGGAUUCGAAUCAACAGGACUCUUCCCAGACAAGGGAGAAGAUGUCACCUCCACCAAUGUCUGCACCGCCGGUGAUGGUGUCACCUCCUCAAGCAAGGAUUCCCUCCCCACAAGAACCGCCAACAAUGUCUUCAGUCUCCUACCCCUCCUCUCCCUUACAGCCUCCAGCAAUGUCAAGGUCCUCCAUUUCCGCUAAUGCUGGAAAGACCACUUCUCCGAUCCACUCCUCUGGACCUCACAUGUCUUCAGUGCUGGCCCCGGGCACCCGUGCAGGAGACACAAAAGGUUCCCAGAGGAUGGUGAGGAAUGAGGAGGAUGACAGUCUGAGUGAUGCUGGGACCUACACCAUCGAGACAGAGUCACAGGACAAAGAGGUGGAGGAGGCUCGCAACAUGAUCGAUCAGGUGUUUGGUGUCCUCGACUCUCCAGAGUACAGUGGUGUGAACACAGGAGUGUAUAGACCUGUAAUAAAUGAUGGCAAGGAUGAGCAAGCUAACCUGCCUAGUGAUGGUAGCACUGUGGACCCGUUGCAUGGUUUUAUCCCAGCUGCUAUCAGCGGCCCCCCAACAGGCCCCAUACAGGUUCCAGCUGCUCAACCAGCAGGUCUGGAAGGACCUAAGUGGGUUUCCCGUUGGGCCAGUCUGGCAGAUAGCUAUGCUGAACCUGGUUCCACUCCACCUCAAGGGGAAUGUCUAGAAGAUUUGCACUUCAUGAGCCGCUCAGUGGGGAAUUACAGUUACGACAACUCUGAAUCAGAGUCCAGCCACAGCUCCAGGACAAGAAGGCUGCUGCCCCAGGUGCCUCCAGAAAAGCUGGAGAGUAUUGCCCCAAGUAUCCUGAUUCGCCAUGAAUCUUACCAAGGCCAGGAACCCCUGGACAGAAUCUCCAUCACUCCCCGCCCACAGGACUCCACCCAGCGCCUGUCUGUUCAGGAUGACGUGGACCCAGACAGCCUGAGUGAUGCCAGCCGCUCAGAUGAUGGACUUGUUCUGGAAAAGACAAAGAAAAAUCAGGUCAGGACCGGAGCUGUUUCUCCAGGAGUCGCUGGUCUUCAGUUUAAAGGUCAGGAGAAGGUGUCUGCAUCCACCAAAUCCACCUCCUUCUACAUCGGUUCAGAGGACCAUCCAGGCAAACCUGAACAGGCUCGUAGCCCACUACAGUCUGAAAGGACACGUGACCUUCCAGCAAAAAGUCCCCCAACCACUGUCCUGAUCCGACACCUGAGUGGACAUGAACCCAGGAGGACAGGUGUCAAACCCAACAGCUCUGCUCCAAACCUCCAAACACAAGACAAGGAUUCUGUCCCACAUAAGGACAGCUGCAUGUCAUCCUUUGUCCGGCAGGAGAGCUUCACCAAAGAUCAGCCCAGCGACACCAUCCAGAUGAAGAAACUUCCUCACAUCUCCAGCCACCCAUCCAUCAGAGACAUGGAGCAGAGGAGGGAGAGCAUCCAGGACGCACAGUCCUUCCUUCAGAAGGCAGAGGGAACUUUGUCUUCUCUGGAUGCCAAGUUUCCCUCAUCAGGUUCAGGUCGCAGCUCAAAGAAAGGAGGCUCCUCCAGUCACAUGGACGACUCUCUGUCUGGUGAGUCAGAUGUGGACACAGCAAGUACUGUGAGCCAAGUGAGUAGUAAGAAUGCUCCACUCAGCACAGCUUCUAAAAAGCGUCCCACAAUGAGCAGUCUUCAGAAAGAGAAGUCCUCUUCCAGCCCAUCCAUCCAAGAAAAGGGACGGCAGCUCACUGCCCGCGAACGGCUUUCUGAGAAACGGCGAAGCCAAGCAACUGCUGAUGCAUCAAGUAAGGCAGAGACAGCAAAGCGCUUCCAGAUGCGCCGCAGUGCAGGGAACCGUGGCUCUCUGGAUCUGUCUGAGGGCCAGCAGGGCUCUGGUCCACACUGGACUGAAACUACAUCAUCUGACCAUGAAACUUCUCGUCCGUCCAGCCGCAGCAAGAAGCUCAUCACCCCUCUACAGAAAGAAGACAAUGGAAAGACCAAGACAGUGACUCAGCAGGUUCUGACACGAUCCAACAGCCUGUCUGCACCAAGGCCAACCCGAGCAUCCAUGCUUCGUCGAGCGCGACUGGGUGAGGCCUCAGACAAUGAAGGUACUGAGACUGACCGGGCCUCCCAGAACUCUGACAAUAUCACUGCACCAGCCAAAAUGUCUGCAGAGGGCAAGAAGCUGUCCAGGCUGGACAUCUUAGCAAUGCCCAGGAAGAGGACGGGCUCCUUCACAGCUCCCAGUGAUAACGAAACAUCCUCCACUGGCCGGUCUGUUGUCUCCAGUCGGAACACCGAGUCUGCCGCCACCACCAGGAAGACAUCGGUGGGCGACGCCCGGCAGGCAGCUACCAGAGGGGGUGGAACUCCAGGGAAGCAACCACUGACCCGUACCCGGUCCAGCGGAGCCAAGUACCCCAGCACUGGUUCCCGUCGCAGACAGAAGGGCUCAGACUUCUCCUCAUCCUCUGAGGAAGAAUACGAAACCAAUUCCGGAACUCCCAAAGCCAAACGCUCCUCCCAUCCCUCCACCUCUGCCCAUCGGACGGCCGCCACUCGAUCCAAGUCUGUCUCCCUGGAGACGGAGGACGAGGACCAGAACGAGGUUGACCCCUACCAGAACUGGUCCACGCAUAGCGCAGAGAUAGCCAAGCUCAGUCAGGACUUGGCCAAAGAUCUUGCCAUCCUGGCAAAAGAAAUCCAUGAUGUUGCUGGGGAUGGAGACUCACCGAGCUCUGGCAUGGGCACCACCACGUCACCCAGCUCACUGCCCAACACGCCAGCCUCCACCAUCUCUGCCAGGGAGGAGCUGGUCCAACAUAUCCCUGAGGCCAGUUUAAACUACCAGAAGGUUCCUCCAGGUUCAGCUGCCGUCUCGGAUCUGGACACAAACAUGAAUGAGCCGGAGUCCGGUUCUAAGCAGCGUCGUCCGUGGAACCGUGAAGAGGUGAUUCUGGACAACCUGAUGCUGAAUCCAGUGUCUCAGCUGUCUCAGGCCAUCCGGGAAAAUACAGAGCAGCUGGCUGAAAAAAUGAAGGUUUUGUUUCAGAACAAGGCAGAGGUCUGGGAGGAGAUCGAGGCAAAGAUCAACGCUGAGAACGAAGUCCCCAUCCUAAAAACCUCCAACAAGGAAAUUACCUCCAUUUUGAAAGAGCUGAGAAGAGUCCAGAGGCAGCUUGAAGUAAUAAACACCAUCGUGGAGCCUGGUGGGAGCCUUCAGACUUCAUCCAUUGGGACGCCGUCUCUCGGUCCAACUCGACCGUCUUCAAGGGAGAAGAAACCCACCUCCAAACCUCGUGGUGCCCCCCCCACCGCCAACGCCAAUGAAAGCACCAAACGGCCACCUCGUGGACCCAACGGUGCCCACUACAUGGCCUGAGCAGGCUACCGUAGCACCUCUGGAUAGUAAUUGUGCAUCCACACCCCCAGCAGCCACAAAUCCCUGCCUCUGUCUGAGGCUCAGUUUGAUGAUGCAGCAUUGGAAGAUGUAGCUCAAAAUUAUAGUUAACCUGUGGUUUAAAAUAGCAGGAAAACGUAUUUGAAAAAAUGUUUUGGAAGCUUCAUCGGCCACAGGCCUUUGACAAACUCUUGAUCUGCUGUGACUUGUUGCUGUGAUAUUUACGCUUCUGCCAAAGGUCUACAUAUAAUCUGUCCUGAGUUUGGUGGCCAUCUCUUACUAAUCACACAUAAUGUGAUGUGUUAUCGGACCAGUGGUGACAUUCAGAUGGUUUCUGUUCAGUUUCAUUUGUCUGAAAAAUGAAGUAACAGCAGCUGAUUUUUCUGUUUGUAGAAAUGUGCUGGUGGUGUGGAUGCACUGACACUGUCCAAAACAAACCUCUCAUCUGUGUCCAGUGAUCCCAUCAGUAAGAACAAACGCAUUUUGAGUGGCAACUAUAUAACUACGUAGAACUGCUUCCACAUCGCACAAGCUCAACAAAAUUUAGUCGAAGCUGCACAAAGAAGCAGCUUCUUGCGCCGCAGUAGUCCGUGGGUGAUGUACAAACAUAUAUUGAUAAACUUUGUGCUUUGAUAAUCUGUUGUUGCGUUGCAUUUGAACAGAUAAUAGAUCGUGUCUCUCGCGAAGGUCGUUUCAGUUUCUUUGUCCAUAUUUAAGAGAAGUUGCAGGUUUCUGCUCGUCAGAAGGUCCCGUGCUGCUUUGACGCUUCGGCCUUAAAGACAGAAUGAAACAUCUCAAAUCGUCUGUGAAAGUAAAAACGAUGUAAUGUUCUAUUUUACUGAAUGUUCCUGAGCUCUGUUGCCUGUCCUGCGACGGUCAGGAAACUUUUUGUCCCAUGUUUUUGCCAUUUCGCUGUGAUUGUGCGAUAACUGUGAUAUUGCUUCAGGUUCGCUGUCGCUGAAUGUUGGAGAGUGUUCGGUGAAAUGUGUGUCGACCUCAGACAAAUCAGCAUAACGUUAGAGAUGAUGUCAGUAUUUGCUCUCAGUUCAUAGCCAGCGUUAGCAUGAACAGCUGUUUGCUUUCCAGUCUAAAAGAAACGCUGCGAGUUCAGCAUCAGACUUCAGUCCUUCGCUCACUGAGCUGCCUGCAGAGGUGGAGCAACCCUGGUUCUUCAUCCUCUCAGGCAGGACUGAGGGCAGACUGGACACUACACUGCCUCUUGAGGUACAAAGUGGUAUUGCAAGGUGGGGACUUGCUGGGGUUAGCUGGUUAGCAUGCUAAUCUCAGUAGAUAUUUCUGCAUAUACACUGACAUUUUUGACAUGUUGGGUUGCAUUUUUGUAAAACCUGUUAACGCUGGCCCGCGUGGCCCCGGCCUGAUUAUUAAUCGAGGUGAAAACGUGCUUUUGUUUUGGUUUCAGAUGUUUUAGAGGCAGAAACGUUGCAGGUUAAUCAGUUAAACUAUAAGAUAAAUUAAAACCUCUAAAUGUUGCAGAUAGGACUUGAUUCAUUGAAGAAGAAGAAAUCGUUGAUGUUGUUUUGUUAUUAUGACUCAGCAUCUCCUAUUUAGGAGAUGCUGAGUCAUUGUUUUAAUCAGAACCACCUUGCUGUUGUGUUGAGACGUCAAAGUUUUCUGCCUUUUCUUUAAGUUUGAACUGACAUGAUAAAAGGAAUGCUCGUUAGCAGAGGUCAGAGGUCAGGCUGUUAAUAACCGCAGACUUUAGAAAUUAUAUUUAGAUUUUACAUGUUCACAUUCAAAGCAGCACCAUCAGGUCAGAGUUCCCAAAGUCCACUUCUAUCAAAAGCUGAAGAGAUAUUUGGUGUCAGCUCCUAACAGGCUGUAUGUAACAUUACCUGCUCUCAGUCAGCUCACUGUUGUUUUCCAGAGCUUUCAACCACAUCACACAGCAUUCACAGGCUGUUCGGGGGUUACCGUCUCCCCCACUGUAAAACCAGCUGGACUUUGACGGUGAUGCAGUUGUCACCUCUGGAAAAAAACUAAUUUGGAUUAUUUCUUUUUCAAGCUCAGUAGCUUCCAGACUCAUUAGCUAAAUUAUGUUUGACCUUCCUUUAUAAACACAUGUAGAAGAGUGCUAUAUGAAUAAAGCAUUUACAUUUGUACCUUAUGGAAACAUCACCUGCUCUGCAAAGGCUGGGAGAUGAAGUGAAAUACCUGUAGAGUGUGUGUAUGUGUGCGUAUGUGUGUGUUUGUGUGUGUGUUGGAGAGCUGUAGUCGUUUGUGUUUUCCUUCCUCUGUGUGUUACAGUAGCCGGGGCCUCCGUGUGGACGGUGCUGUACGGAUGGAAGCUGGAUGGUGACAUCCUGAUCGUAGAUGUCCAGGAUGUGUUUAGCCUAGCUUAGCACAAAGACUGGAAGCAGGGGGAGGUCUGCUCAGGUGCUUUUGAAUCUGAUGCCCUUAGUUUGGUCUGACAGGCACAGCUUUCCUCUCACUGGGUUGGUUUGUUUCAGUAAACAGCAUGAAACAUGCAGAUCACACAGAAGUGGAGCUGUUGGAAGGUGGAUGAAGCAAGGCGAAAGUUUCCCCCUGCCUCCAGUGUCUGUGCUAUGCUAGGCUAACUGGACAUAGAGGUGAAGAGCAUUUCACUGAACUGUUGCUGUAAAGUGUUGCUGGAGAAACAGAGUAUUUUAGGCUUUUAUUUUGUAAAGUGCAUGUUUCCUGUAGCUUGAGGCAGGUGAGAGCUGGAGGCCAGUUCACCGAAUGUGCACUUUUUCAUUUGGCUCUUAUUUUGCUGUCAGUAUGUGUUCGUGCUCUGCAGCCAAUGAGAAUGUAUUAAUUUAUCACCUGCCCACAACACAAACCUGAUUGGCUGUUGCUGUGAUGAUGUAACUGCUGCUGCUACGGGUGACUGGUGGUUUGGGCUACCUGCAGUUUCUGUUUUACUUUUGUUGCAGUGCAUGAGGAGCUGCAGAGGCUGAGCAGACGAAGCAAACCGAGCUGAGGAUCAAACCUUUUUUAUUGGUUCCAUCGGGUGAAGAUCUUUUCUAACCAAUGAAUUAUUUAUUGGGUUCAAAUGAUUUACAGAUAUCUGGACUCUCAUGUGUUCAUCAUCAACAGGAUUUCUUUGUAUCACCACGUCAUUUGUAAUAAACUGAUUUCAUGCACUCUGCUGUAUGAUGUCAUCAUGCAAAGCAGCGGUUUGUGAUGUUAUAAACGUGUUUUUCAACCUCGAACACGAAAUUUAAAUUCUUUGAAAUGUGACUGAGACAAAACAUUUGAUUAUUUUGACACACAUUUACCAAACAAAUACUUGGGACUGACUGACCUCUGACCUUUAACCUUUGACCUUUUAUUAAUGAAAGGCUAACAUUUCAUACUGCAGACCUGAUGACUUAGGACAAGUACUCGUGAGAACAUCUAACUGCAGUAUUACUGAACAGGAACACGAAGGAGACGCCAUGAAAACGUUACUGAUGAAGAAAGAACUUCCUCUGAGAGUUUUCUUAAAACUUGAAUGAAACCGAAGCGUCUUCCUGUUGGAAUAUCACGUAACAUCAUGGCUGCAGCACGUGUGGUUUAAAUAAUGAGUCAGCAGCUUUGAUCAGUGUCCAUCACCUGAUCCUUCUUCUGUUGUGUGUGUGGCAGCAAACUUCACUGAUAGACAGGACUCUUCCAUGAAUAUGUUAUUAACUGCUUAAUAAUUGGUUCAGAUUCUGUCGUCUGCAAAUGAAUUCAUGGAUGUGAAUCCUC